CGCUGCGGGCGCUGAGCGCCCCGGGAGGCAGCGCCCGGUUCUCCGUUCUCCUCUCCCGGUUCCGUCAAGAUGAGCGGAGGAGGAGAGGUGGUGUGUUCGGGCUGGCUCCGAAAGUCGCCGCCGGAGAAGAAGUUGAGGCGAUACGGUUUCACCUGCAAACCAUCGUCCAUCCAUGUGCUUUAGCCUUGAAGCUGGUGGUGGCAGAAGAGGAAAACAGGAUGUAGGUGAUGAAAUGGGCUUGCUGGGAGCAACCUGAAUCAUAGAAUCAUAGAACAUUCCAAGAUGGAUGAGAUCCACAAGGAUCAUCGAGUCCUCCUCCUGGCUCGACACAGGACCACCCAAAGAAGACCUACAGAGAACAAGGCCCUUGCCCUGCUGAGCUUAAAAUUGCAUCAGUGUCUAGAAACCUUCUCCUUGUUGGCAUCCGUAGAGGUGAAACCCAACGCAUGGAAGAAGCGCUGGUUCGUCCUGCGCAGCGGUCGGAUGAGCGGCGACCCCGACGUCCUGGAGUACUACAAAAAUGACCACUCCAAGAAACCUUUGCGCGUGAUCAACCUCAAUUUCUGCGAGCAAGUGGACGCGGGGCUGACCUUCAACAAGAAGGAGCUGCAAGACAGCUACAUCUUCGACAUCAAGACCAGUGACAGGACCUUCUACCUGGUGGCCGAGACCGAGGACGACAUGAACAAGUGGGUUCGCAGCAUCUGCCAGAUCUGCGGCUUCAACCAGUCCGAGGAGAACACAGAUGCCCUGCGGAGCAUCGUCUCCAUGAACCAUGCACCGCGAUCCUCGCCGGCGGAGCUCAGCGGUGCCAACCACCACCUGCUGCGCGAGCGCAAGUCCUCUGCGCCCUCCCACUCCAGCCAGCCCACCCUCUUCACCUUCGACUCCCCCGCCGGCCACCUCCAGAGCACCCUCUCCGCCAGUGCCCCCCAGGAUUACCUUUUCCUCCACCAGUGUAUGAGCAGAAAGUCGGAAAAUGCAAGGAGCGCCAGCUUCUCCCAAGCCACGAGGUCCUCCUUCUUCAUGCGCAGUGACACGGCUGUCCAGAAGCUCUCUCAAGGCAACGGGCACUGCGUGAAUGGGGUGGGUGGGCAGCUCCAUGGCUUUUACAGCCUGCCAAAACCCAGCCGACACAACUCGGAGUUCAGGGACAGCGCGUAUGACCUCCCACGCUCUUUCGGUUCCUACACCCACCCCAAGUUGAGCCUCACCAGUUCCGAAACGGAUAACGAGGAAGUGUACACCUACAAGACUCCCAGCAAUGCCUUAUGCAAGGAGUUUGGGGAACUCUCCACGGACUCCUACGAUGUUCCCGCUACCCCGCUCUCUGUCUACCAGAUCCCCAGGACAUUUACACUGGACAAGAACCACAAUGCUCUGGCUGUGGCCGCCAGUGACUCGCCCGCCAUGCCACCCCCACGGCCACCGAAACCUGGGCAGAUGGAGCCACGGUGGGGCAGCCCACCCCAGCGACCCCAACCCAGUGAAAGCUUAGGGUUGGCCCCCAUGGCAGCCACCAUUCCCCGGAGAAACACACUGCCAGCGGUGGAGAACAGCAGGCUGCACCGAGCUUCUUCCUGCGAGACGUACGACUACCCCCAGCACGGGGGCAGCAGCGCCGUGCAGUCGGUGGAGUCCAUGAAUGACGGGUACAACUCCUACCUGGCCAAGGCUGUGGUGGCCCGCUCCCACAGCGCCGACUCCGAGGACAACUACGUCCCCAUGAACCCCGGUUCCUCACCCCUGAUCCACACUGAGAAAGCCAAUGACAACGCCCAAAAUCUCUACAUCCCCAUGAGCCCUGGGCCGCAUCACUUCGACCUGGUGGGAUUGUCCUCAGCCACCCUCCCCAUGCAUAAAGGAGGGGCCAUGGCCCAGUGCCACAGGCGGCUGAGUGAGAUCCAGCCCCCACCAGUCAACCGCAACCUGAAACCCGACCGGAAAGCAAAGCCAUCGCCACUGGACCUGAGGAACAACACUGUCAUCGAUGAGCUUCCCUUCAAAUCACCGGUGACAAAAUCCUGGUCCAGGCCAAGCCAGACCUUCAACACUGGCUCUUUGCAAUACUGUCGACCUGUCUCCUCCCAGAGCAUCACCAGCACUGACUCAGGAGACAGCGAGGAGAACUACGUGGCGAUGCAAAACCCCAUUUCUGCUUCUCCUGUUCCUAGUGGCACCAACAGCCCAGCACCUAAAAAGAGUUCGGGUAGUGUGGAUUAUCUGGCCCUGGACUUCCAGCCAAGCUCGCCAGGGCCACACAGAAAGCCCUCCACCUCGUCGGUUGCCUCAGACGAGAAGGUUGACUAUGUGCAAGUGGACAAGGAGAAGACACAGGCGCUGCAGAGCACCAUGCAGGAGUGGACUGAUGUGCGGCAGUCCUCAGAGGCCACCAAGAGCACCAAGCAAUAGCGACAGGGCGGAUACCUAACAGGCAAAUGUCCCAGGGGUUCUCCCAGCUUGGGGCCAAACCAGACUUCCAGCUCCAUUUGGGCUGGAUUUCUCUAAGACUGCUGUCUGUGGAGGGGAGGGGUUCUUUAUUACUUUUAUCUUUAAAGACAAAAGGAAACUUAAUUUCAGGGGAAGACUUGGCAGAUACUGUUUGCCAGUGAUAAAGGUUAACUAUGUUUGGUGGCUGGGUUUGUGCUUUAGCUGCUGAAUACACCAUCCAGGAACUUUGACGUAGCAAUACCAGGUUCCACCCUACACGUCUGUUGCUUACAGUUAUUAAAGCCACCUUGUAUAUGCUGAUA